AGUUCUACAACAUGGUUAAACUUCAGUUGUUGUUAAUCUUUCUAACUUCCCUUCUCUUUCAGGGAAGUGCGCAGGCUCAAUAUUCACCUUCUAAUCGGAUAAUAAAUGGAGAAAAUGCAGCUUCCAAACAAUUUCCGUAUCAAGUCUAUUUAGAAAGACGUAUGAAUGGUAAUUGGACACAUGGUUGUGGUGGUGUUAUAAUAUCGAAUAGAACCGUCCUCACAGCUGCUCAUUGUAUAAAGGAUUCAAUGGAUGCCUUUAAAAUCUACUUUGGAGCUGUUGACAGAACCAAUAUCUUCGAAACGGGACAACAACGUUUAAUAGUCAAGAGGAAGAAUAUUAUCGUUCAUUCUGAAUAUGAUCCACACCAAAGACUUAAUGAUAUAGCUCUGAUCAGAUUACCAGCCGAAAUUCUAUUUGAUGAGUAUAUUCAGCCUGCUAAGUUGCCUGAUUUGGACAAAUUAUAUGAUAACGAAAUUGGAGUUGCUUCCGGCUGGGGCAUGUCUGAUAGAAAUUCCUGGAAACCGACAAGCAAUCUACAGUACCUUAAUGUAACCAUAUUUCCUUAUGAAGAAUGCAAACCACUUGUGCAGAAAUACAAGGCAUUCCACGCAAAAUUCUUUCCAGCAUCGUAUAUUUGUUUGAAGCCCAGUCAAGGCAGUACUUGUCAUGGCGACUCUGGUGGCCCAUUGGCAAUUCGGAAUGAAGAUGGAACUAGUACUAUAGUGGGCCUCACAGCAUUCGGUACGACCAUAACUUGUGAGCCCAAUAUGCUUGUUAUUUUGACGAGAGUCUCAUCGUUUUUGCAAUGGAUAAAACAAAGUGAAUGAAACAAAUAAAUAAAAAUUAAAAACCGUA